UCAUAUUAAAAGGGAAACGAUCAUACUUAGUUGUGUUUGUUUGUAAACAAAAAGUAGUGCGAGAAGUUUCUGCUGAUAAGAAUGAUAGCAAAAUGCGAAAAGGAAAUAGAAAUAAAUAGAAUGUGUAAAUUAGUUUGGCGUAAAGUGAAUUAAUAAAUACUAAAAAGCAAGAAUUAUUAAUGUGAUACUUUGCGCAUUCACAAACCACACACUUUCUAGCACUAAAAACUAGUUGUCCAGCAAUUUCUUAAUUAAAAAGAUGUUAAACCGUUUUACGUCUAGGUCUAAGGGCAUACGAAGCAGUUCCUUGAGAUUCUGUAGCCAAAAAAUACUAAGAUCGGUGCGUCAAGGUGUUGUUGCUGGACGAGAGGAGCACUUAUCCAGUGGGAUCAAAUACUAUUGCUUUCAAGGAGUACCCUAUGCAGUUCCACCAAUUGGGGAAUUACGAUUCAAGUCACCAGAACCAUUAGAACGCUUCGAUCAACCACUGCUGGAUUGUACACACUUAAGAGGCCCUUGUCACCAAAGGGAAGCAACAACAAGCAAAACUGUGGGGUCAGAGGAUUGUCUUCACCUCAAUAUAUAUGUUCCAGCUAAAUGUGCCGCUGAGCCAAUGCCAGUUAUGGUCUGGAUACAUGGCGGUGGAUUCAUUGCAGACACUGGUAAUAAGUACCUGCCUCUUAGUCUUUUGCACGAGGGCGUCAUUGUCGUUACAUUAAAUUAUCGCUUAGGUGCCUGGGGUUUUUUGUGUCUGCCUGAGGCGGAAAUUUGGGGAAAUGUUGGUUUAAAAGAUCAGCGCCUUGCUUUACAAUGGAUAAAUGAGAAUAUCAAAAGCUUCAAUGGUGACCCCAAUAAUGUAACACUUUUCGGGGAAAGUGCUGGUGCUACAAGCAUUCACAUGCACACAUUUGCAUCGCAUGCAGGCAAAUUGUUCCAUAAAGUAAUCAUGCAAAGUGGCACCGCCAACAUGGAGUGGGUAUUUCAACGUCAGCCAAGCGUAAAAGUACGUCGCUUAUGUGAAUUGCUCGGUUGUUCAUCAACGGAUCCAAAGGAAAUGUUUGAGUUCUUACAGUCUCCCGAAAAAGUAACUCCAGAGGCAGUUUUAAGCAAGACUCUAUCUUUACUUUUACCCGAUGAACGACGCCGCGGUCCACCUUUCCCACUACGGCCUGUACUCGAAGAUACGAAUAGUCCAGAUGCCUUUAUUAGCAUGCCAGUUUUGAAACAAAUGCGCAGGCACGAUACGUGUGCCAUACCCACAAUAAUCGGCUACAAUUCAGCUGAGGGCCUUACACUAUUAAAACAUUCUGUUAAGCAAAUCGAGAAGGUCGACCAAGACCUUGAACGUUUUGUACCUCGCAACAUCCCACUAUCUAUCGAUCAUCCGGAAAUAAGCGCACUGGCACAACAAAUUCGUAAAUUCUUUUUUGGUGGUCAGAGAAUUACAAAGGAGCAUCUACCAGGCUUAUGUAAUUUAAUAACGGAUUAUCACUUUCUAGUCGAUAUAUACUUUGCCACAAAAAUGCAUCCGAUCUAUCGGCCAGGUGCUCCACUCUACGUCUAUCGUUUCGACUACACGGGCGGACGUGAUUUUUACAAACGUUUAUUCAAUUUUGAACACCUCAGUGGCGCUUGUCAUGCAGAUGAACUACACUACCUCUUUCAAACUCCAAAUGAUGAUCUCAGCACAUUUGCAGAGGAUGACGCACAAAUCACCAAAAGACUCAGUGAAAUGUGGGCCAACUUUGCUCGUUAUGGGGAACCAACUCCACAAAACAGUAACAUUGCAAACGAACUCGGUUUUAUGUGGACCUCUGUAAAGAAAUCAACAGGACAAAAAGAGUGCAAAAAUUUAGAUUAUUUCAUCAUUGAUCGAAAAUGUAGCAUGCGCCAGGAGCCUGAUAGGGAUCGCAUGGAAUUCUGGGAGGAAAUAUAUCGGAAAUUUCCUCCAUUAGACUAUUCGUUAUUGAAUGCGAAACGCUAACUGUUGACAGUUACAUACAAGUGUUUUAAAAGUUCAUACUAAAUAACUGUGGUCAUAAGCAAUAACCGCCUAAGUCGACUUAACCCUAAUCUCCUAAAUUUAAAAAUUUACACAGAUCCUAAAGUGAGACUCUGAGGCUCAUAUGUGGAAAACGGUUGAAACGCAUAAUUUUAGUCUUUGCUUCUUACUUUUAUUGAUGCAGUAACGAAUCCAAAAGCAUUUUUUCUUGUUAAGAAAGUUUUGAAGUGAAUACAUAGCAUUAAAAAAUAUAAUUUUAGUUCAUAAAGCAGUUGAGAAAUAAUUAUGAAUUACAUUUUUCACAAAUUUUUGUAGUUGUAGAAUGUUCAUUACAAACAUUUUGAUUGCAUUUGUUACAAAUUUGUUUUUGCAGUUUAGAUUUUUUUGCUGGACAAAGAUGACAGCGUUUUCGUUUUAAGGUACCAGAAGAACAUGGUUGCGAAUCAACAA